AUGGCCAGGUUUCAAGAUCUACCUGUCGAGCUCAUAGUGGCGAUUAUGAACUAUGUCGACACGCCAGAGGGUAUUCUCGACUUGAUUCACGCGGAUCCUUGGGCGCUGCACUGCUUUCUCAACAACAGGAAACAAGUGAUAAAGCCGUAUCUCAACAAUCUUCUGAAAGUUUGUGGGGGUCAUGUUUCAACUGCCUAUUUGUUAGCAGCUCGACUCCGCCAUGCUAAGAAGGACCCUGGAUUCAACAGUUACAUGCCACACCAUCGUGAGCGAAUGCUCAGUCCAAUUCUUCGGUCUUGUAUUAACGGCCCUGAUACUCAACGCCCCUUCUCAUACCGCGCCUCACUAGCGGCCAUUUGCGCGCUUUCGACUCUCGCCAUCGAUGUUGGAUGGAUAACAACGAGCUAUAUUUCCCAAGCACGUGCAGAGGUACUCAGAUAUGUAAUACGUUCUAAAGACUUGCCUGAAGUUUCCUCCAAGGAGCACCAAAAGUUCACCAACGCCGCUUGUCGCUUCGAGAGCUACGUUCAAGCCUUCUUCCACAUUGAGAAGCCGUUAUUUCCGAGGGACCUGAACAUUCGUCGACUUCUAUUUGCUCCGUGUCUUUGUGGUGCACAAGGGGAGCUUUACGCCACGAAAACUUUCUAUUCCAUUGCCUAUUAUGUCUAUGAUCAACACUGCACCAUGCUACAGAAUAUAAUCAGCCACCUGAGACUAGGCGAAACACCCAUUAGUGGCACGGCUCAGGACACCACUCAAACAACGGGAGAGCGGCAAAAGCGGCGACUGCAAAACUGCAUACAACUCGACUUGAACAAGUACAUACAUUACCUCACAUCACAAGGGCUGGGCAUGCUUCCACACCUCCAGAGUAUGGCGCUUCAAGAUCAGUUACGGUUUGUGCUCUCAAAUUUUGAGAGUAUUCUGGACAGUCGAUACCCUAACAUUCUCAUGGUUCACGGUAUUGAUCUCUAUAAGAUUGGAACAGUAGAGAGACAUGGCUGGAAUCCAUGGGUGUCUUGUGAGCACAUAUUUGAAAUUGGAUCCGAUCAAUGGAAAUGGGCAGAAUCAUUCUGGGAUUCCGAUCGGAGGUUUCUUUCGUAG